AUGAGUGCAAUCCAGCUUUUAAAUCCAAAGGCUGAGUCUCUCAGAAGACAGCAGGCUCUUCAAGUGAAUAUAAGUGCAGCAGAAGGUCUUCAGGAUGUUCUUUCGAGCAACUUGGGGCCAAAGGGCACAAUGAAGAUGUUGGUGGACGGCUCGGGCGGCAUCAAAAUCACAAAAGACGGCCAAGUUCUCCUCAAAGAGAUGCAAAUACAGUCUCCAACUGCAGUUAUGAUUGCAAGAGCAGCUACUGCACAAGAUGAUGUGACUGGAGACGGCACUACAACGGUUGUUUUGCUUGUUGGUGAGCUUCUCCGGCAGGCGGAGAUAUAUUUGAACGAGGGAAUCCACCCAAGAGUGAUCACGGAUGGAUUUGAAAAGGCCAAAAGUGCAGCUUUGGAGUAUUUGUCGGGAUUCGGAAAGACACUCGGCAGCGAGGAAGACAUGCAGGUGGACCGGGAGUUGCUGUUGCAGGUGGCACGAACAUCCUUGGGCACGAAGUUGAGCCCGGAGUUGACCGAGGUGUUGACUCCAGUGGUGACAGAUGCAGUUUUGGCGAUACAAAACGACAAAAUCGCUUCGGAUGUCGACUUGCACAUGAUAGAAAUCAUGCCGAUGAUGCACGAGACCGCCGAGGAGACCGAGUUGGUCAAGGGCCUCGUGUUGGACCACGGGGCAAGGCAUCCAGACAUGCCUAAGCGGUUGGAAAAUGCCUCGAUUCUCACUUUGAACGUGAGUCUUGAGUACGAAAAGACGGAGGUCAACUCCGGGUUCUACUACUCGAAUGCCGAACAGAGGGAGCGGUUGGUGGCGUCCGAGCGGAAGUUCGUCGACGAGAAGUUGAAGAAGAUCAUCGAUUUGAAGAAUCAGGUCUGCGGAGACGACGCAACAAAAGGCUUUGUCGUGAUCAACCAGAAAGGCAUCGACCCCAUGUCUUUGGACAUUUUCGCAAAAAACGGCAUCCUGGCCCUCCGCAGAGCAAAGAGACGCAACAUGGAGAGAUUGCAGCUUUGCUGUGGUGGCACAGCCAUGAACUCGGUCGAUGAUUUGACCCCUGAGGUGCUUGGACAUGCCGGAUUGGUGUUCGAGAAGACUUUGGGUGAGGAAAAGUUCACAUUUGUGACGGACGUGCAGAACCCAAAGUCCGUGACCAUACUGAUUAAAGGCGCCCACAACUACGUCGUUCAGCAGGUCAAGGAUGCUGUGCGUGACGGGUUGAGGGCUGUCAACAAUGUUCUCAAAGAUAAAAGACUCAUCCCCGGUGCCGGUGCAUUCUGGAUGUCUUGCUCAAGACACCUUUUGGAAAAUAAGAUCAUAAGCAGGGGAAGAUCGAAGCCCGGUAUCCGAGCUUUUGCCGAGGCACUUCUUGUCGUGCCAAAAACGUUGGCCAAGAACUCGGGGCUAGACACCUUGGAGUCGAUCUCCGACUGCCAGGAUGAAAUCGACCAGGGUGAGGUCGUCGGGCUCGACUUGGAGUCCGGCGAGCCGAUCGACCCGUCGAUCGACGGUGUCUGGGACUCCUUCCGGGUCAUCCGCAACGCCAUUUCCGGCGCCACCGGCAUCGCCUCCAAUCUUUUGCUAUGUGACGAGUUGCUCAAGGCCGGCCGGUCCUCGUUGAAGAACUGA